AGGCGUACGAAUGGCGAGGCACAGAUCGUUGGGUGACUGCACGGAUCCUUAGCUGACUGGCGCACUUUCCGGAACAGACUACGCUCCGCCGUAGCGGCUGGACUGUCUAUCGCUUGCAGCCCUUAGACCGGCGAUUCAUGCAAAGUUGCUCGCCUCGGCCACAAGCUCUGCGGGCGCUGGAUGGUCCAGGUAGGCCUGCGUUUGGCCUGCCUCCCUUUCUCACUGUGGCUGCGUGCUGCACGAGCUACCGCGAUAGCUUCACCCUACAUGUAUCCACUACCCGUCAACAUGAGACGGAGGUGUUUCUUUCGGUGGUUCCCUACCUGCUAUCGCUACCCUAAAAUUAUCCGUGCCAAUCCCGUGUAUUACCAGCAUAAUUUCUCUGCUCUUCGCCAUUUCUUAUGUACGCAGAUCGUCAGCGCAAGCCUUCGUCUACCCUGGGCGAUCGCCGGUCUGAACGCACGACGCAAUUGGCUCAAGAGCAGCUGGAGAGACUGGUGGAUGCUGGCCUAUUGGCACCUUACAAUCGAACCAACGGCAAGAAGACGAAGAACGUAGAGUUCAGGUCUGCAGUCAAACAAAUCAGCCCCAAGACAAGCGAAGCAUCUCAGCGUUCUGAGCCUGCACAAUCGCAUACAGAUCGCGUUCCAUAUAAUCAACCACAAGAAUUACCCGCUGAUACGGACUGGAUAACACAUCCAGAGAAGAACAAAUCCAGGAAGCGUGCCUCGUUGGCACAACUCAAGGAGCGUCGAAACAGCAUGUUUGCUGGCAAGGGCCGCGAAAGCCGUCGCGAACGUACGUUCAUUGGCAGCGAAUGUGCAGCGUGCGAGGAGCCCUUGGAGCAUACGCUACGCGGUGAGCGCAUCUUGCAGCUAUCAUGUGGUCAUGUGUCGCACGAGGCAUGCUUUUACGAGUACAUCAAGGAGUUUGAAGCACAGACAUGUCCAACCUGUAGCGCACCACUGGGUCUCGACACAAGCAGAGGUGGAGGUAUAGACUUUGAGAACUUAAACAAACUGGUCAGGCAGGCGCAAACUCCGGAUAUCAAAGACAGGCUACGGGACCUCCAGGCAACACCGACGCCAUGGGAAACAGAUACGGUCAGAGAGAGUGUGCAGUCACGGCAGCGACAACAGCAGCGAUCCACGCGGGAUCACCUACUGCCAGAGCAGACGCGAGCUGUCGAGAGUGGGUUUGAGCGAUUCAACAGCUCGCACAGCAGAAAGGAGAGCGGCGAUACUGGCGCCGGCUCCCAUCCUGACUACGUGGAGCCUCAUCACAGCACCGUGGCCAGGAGGCACGACUUCGACGUUCACUCGAUGGAGACUAGUCUUAGCAACCCACGCUUCGUUGCUAGAAACCCUAUACCGGCGCCGACCGUGACUGUUCGUAGCGAGUUCCCUACUCUCAGCAAAUCUCGCCAACAGCAGAGUUUGACGUGUCUCAUCACGGUGGAGGUGCUGGACGGCAAGUGGCAACCAAACCCAGCAGAUCUGCGCAGCCCACCUCUUGCUCCGGCAUCUGUACCUGAAGACGGCUACGAGCAGCCCAAGACUCCCAUUUCCUUGCGUCGCCCUGAGCACUCCCGUGCUGUCGAUAGUGUACACGAAGAUAUCCAAGCCCUCGAAGAGGCCAAGGACGAGCUCUAUAAGCGGGUGGACAACUGGCAUGGUCUAGACUUCUCAAGGUUCGGCAGACUUCUUCUCCAUGGCGUCGUCAGAGUCGGCAAGGACAAGCAAUCGUGGCAGGAGCUCGAGUGCUAUCUGUUCACGGAGAUGUUAAUCUGCGUCAAGGAAAAGAAGAACGUGCCUAAUGCGAGUCAGCAGUGGGAGGCACCAGAAGGCUUGAAGAACAAGACUCGAUGCACACUGAAGGGUUCGAUCUUGAUCAAGAAGCACCUUAAGCAGGUUGAGACUGACCCUGACCACGACGUCCUCACUCUCAGCCUCAGUGUUGCCGAAUUGCCACACUUCCACCUUUACUUCCAGGAGCGCAGCCAACUGGACAUGUGGAGGCGAGCACUGAUCAACAUCAACCGCAUCGAAUCCCUAGAACCGCAACUUCCCGACUUCGAUCAGGACGCGUCAGGCACGGACGAAGACGAGUACACCACGCAGACAUCCAGAGCCAACAAACGCGUGUCCUCGGUCGUAUCAUCAUCAUACGGUGCCGCUCGCUCGCACGUUACGGCACCGACCGAGUACACCAACUCACGGUCCGGUCUCCAUGAGAUUCGUUACGGCGCAUCACACCUGCACGUACCACUCGAUGUAGUGGUCGUCAUUCCUGUCUCGUCGUCGAUGCAAGGCUUGAAGAUCAGCCUUCUUCGAGACGCUCUUCGCUUCAUGGUGUCCAGCCUGGGUGAGAGGGACCGCAUGGGCUUAGUAACGUUUGGUUCCAGCGGUGGUGGCAUUCCCGUGGUCGGCAUGACCUCUAAGAACUGGACUGGGUGGUCAAGAAUCCUCGAAUCGAUCAAACCCACGGGGCCGAAAAGCAUGCGCGCCGACGUCGUUGAAGGUGCAAAUGUUGCGAUGGAUUUGUUGAUGCAGCGCAAAACCUCGAACCCUUUGUCGAGCAUCCUGCUCAUCAGCGACUCAGCUUCCUCUGACCAAGAGAGCGUUGACUUCGUUGUCUCUCGCGCCGAGGCGGCCAAAAUCGCCAUUCACUCGUUCGGUCUUGGAUUAACACACAAGCCCGACACUAUGGUGGAGCUUGCCACGCGAACGAAGGCGAGCUAUACUUACGUCAAGGAUUGGAUGAUGCUGCGGGAGUGCUUGGCUGGCUGCCUCGGCGCGCUGCAGAGCACAUCGCAUCAGAACGUGAAGCUAAAGCUUCGCCUGCCCGAAGGCUCACCAGCAAAGUUCGUCAAGAUCAGUGGAGCGCUGCAGACCACGAAGCGUGCCACUGGCCGCGAUGCUGAGGCUAUGCUUGGUGAUCUUCGUUUCGGCGACAAGCGUGACAUUCUCGUUCAGCUUGCAAUCGCGCCCGACACCUCGACUCCGGAUGCCAUGCCGACCGACCCAUGGGAGAACGUCAUUGCUGGUUUGGAGGCGCUCGGUGGUCCGCUCGAGUCGGAUGAGUCGCGUAACCUGUCCGUGGAAGAGUUGCCUCUGAUUCAAGCGGACCUGAGCUGGGGUGACAUACUCCGAGAUGGCAAUCUAGCACAGCUACCGCGGCCCUCCCUCCUGGCCAUUACCAUGCUGCCCUCAUCAGCGAGGAAGAACCCGCACGCUCGGCCCGCCUCACCGCCCAUCCCGCCACACCCCUCCAUCGUUCAGCGCCGCAUGGAGCUCCUCACGUCCGACAUGCUGUCGAGGGCCCUGACCCUGGUCAACCGUGGGCAGAACGACCGUGCCCACCACCUCCUCGCCGAGACUCGCUCCAUUCUGAAAGGGCUUGGCAAGGGUGGCCUGCCACCUCUCCCGCCUCCCCCAAGCGGUUCACUGCCGCCAACGCCCAAGAUCGGCGAGACUCGUGGGUCGCCCACCGAAACCGCCCAGACUCCCAUCCCGGAGCACCGACGCACACCUUCGCCGCCACGAAGCGACACUCUCAACCCUUUCUCACCCGCUGCUGGCAUCGAUACCUCAACCAUGACUGCGCUCGAUUCCGAGCUCCAGGCCAGCCUGGAAUGGAUCUCACAUCCUGCCGUCUUUGGCCGCGACUCGAGGAAGGCUGUACUACAAGCUAUUGGCGUGAUCAGCUCGCAGCGCGGCUACACCUUCCGAUCACCUGCCGAGUCGCUAUGGGCUUCUAGGAUCCCAGGCAUCAAGCUGUUGUCAGAGCGUAGCCGCGACUGGCGAGAGGCGGGUGAUGAGUCGCUUAUGGAAGAGAUAUGAACCACAGCCUACCAUCACCACACAGAGCACCAUUUUACCCUCGAGAUACCCCGACUAACGAUGUCACGACUGCUUCGAUGCGACUUGGUCAGCAUCUCCGUGUACAUAUGUACAACAUUUGUUCAUAACUCGAUGCUUGCGAUGUAUUACUACGAGUUCAUGAGGGGAGGCAUACUUCUGCAGUACCUUGUGUGCCAUGCGGCUAGCGGCGGAGUUGGAUGGCGCUAUUCGCAUACAGGACAUCACGCCGUCACUGCGUUAAGAUAGCGUUCCGCUGUAGCUGCACUUCAGUAAGCACCCUCAUUGCCAAAUUACACACUGUCUCAACCAUAACUCACUCUCAUACUACGCGCCAAC